UUUAUCUAUUUAUCAUACUUCACAUGCACUUAAACCGGUUGACGUUCUAGAAAGUACCUUGGCGAUGUAAAAUCCCGAACGUUCAAACUGUGUACAGCUGUUUUCUAAGAUAGAUUUAAUAUUUGGGAUAAUUAAAUGUGGUGAACUUAAUUGAUUGGUUGAAAAAUAAUACAGCUAAGAUGGUUACUCGUCCUGAUAUUCUUGCUGAGGCUUUUCGUGAGCUAAAUGAUAAUUGGGAUCCCAUCGAGAAAAAACGUUGGCAACAAGAGGAUGAGCGUCGGUACCAAGAGGAUCAACGUCGGUCGAAAGAGGAAGAACGUCGGCAGCAAGAAAAUGAACGAAUGCGACAAGAUCGGGUCAAUUUAGCAUGGAACUACACGAAAAAAGGACGUCGGCGGCUAGAGGAUGAAUGUCGGCGACUCGUCGAACAACGUCGACAAGGUAAAAAAAUACAAUAUUAUAUCACAGAUCGAUAUUAUAAUCAUGCCAUCAUUAAGUGUACACAUAAACAUUUACAUCUAAUAGUAAAAUGCAACGAAAUACCAUUUUUAACCAGUUUAUUCUCAAGUACACUAAUAGAAAUGCGGUGAUCUAAUUGUAUUAUUUUGAGUUCUUAGUGUCCAUCUGAAAGUGUAGUGUCGCCUUCAAGUUGUCCGUUGUUUCAAACAACACGUAUUUUAAAACUGCUAGAUUUUAAUGAAACGCAUAUAUGAUCAUACCUUAUCAUAAAUGAUCAUUACUUAGGCCUCAGUCAAAGCUGACCAGUGUUCUUUUGGUACAUGUCAUAUUGUUUGAAUAAUAAGCAGACUACUUUUGUUAUGCUUUGUUUUGUUACAUAAGGUAGUUUGCUGUACAGCGUUUGUCCAAAUCGUUGUCUUGGGGUACAACUGGUCAUGUCAUAGGGAUCACAAUUCAAAGUUAAAGAUAAAUACUAAUUCCAAAUGUUCUGAAACAGUAAUUUUCGGAAGUUAAUAUGUUACUUGUAGCAUCGAUGGGUUCUAAGCAAUGUUUAAAGCAUUCAACUAGGAAUACAUCUACCCACCG